AUGAUGGCGAUGAGGGACGAUUGCGGCUCCAGCGCAAAGUCCGCCACUGCCAAAUUGUUAGCCGAAUUGCGUAAAUCACGACCGUCAGCUGCGGUCAUAGUAUCAGCUGAAUCUGAAGUCGCGCUCGGGAUGCGACCUCCCAGUCGCCCAACCGUCUCCCUUGCAGGGAACUCCACAACGGACAGAUCAGGCAUAGCGCUCUUGUCCCAACGCAACUGCAGUACUUGGUGCGACCCGUGCAUUUUAAGGAACAUCAGUCCUCGACCGUCAUACUGCAUCCGGCUGAUCCAGCUGGUCAAACCCGCAUCCUUGGGCGGCGAGUCCGCCAAGAUGUACUGCGUUAUCCUUUGCCAGUACCCCAUUUCCGACCUCCUGGAAAGCCACAGCUGGCCGUUAUCCGAUAGGCUCAUAAUCUCGUGCGCAUUCAGCCACUCAGCCGCCAGCACACGUGCGCCGGUGGCGGACCAAAAGUCGGCGCUCGAGCCGUCGACCAGCUUGAUGGCCGACAGUGAGGAUCCGGUCCACUCUGUCAAGUACAUGUCAUCCACAGUCAGUACCACUGCUAUCUCUCCACAGGGGCUAAAUGAGCAGAAGAAUGGAUACGACGACAGCUUGCACUGCGCAACGGCCUCACAGAGCGCCUCGCGCAGAUCCGUCAUGCAGACGCUUUCCUUCCAGAUCUCCACAACACCUGUCGAGUAA